UUUUAAAAAUCAAAUAUAUUUAGUUUCUGAGUGAUAAAAUAUCUUCGAGCAUGAAGUGCCUCACCUUGUAUUUUUCAUUGCUUAUUCUCUUAUGUGGCUUUGUAGCAGUGCAUGGAAAAAUCCAAAGACAGAAAUUUGUGUUGCAAGAUGUUUCAUACACGAGAUUGUGCAGCAGUAAGUCCAUUUUGACCGUAAAUGGAAAAUUCCCUGGGCCCACAUUGUAUGGGAGGGUUGGAGACACAAUAAUUGUUGAUGUUAUCAAUAGAGCUAGUGAGAAUGUAACUAUACACUGGCAUGGGGUAAAGCAGCCGAGAAAUCCAUGGACGGAUGGACCCGUUUACAUAACUCAGUGUCCGAUUCGACCUGGGACUAAUUUUACCCAAAGGAUCAUCUUAUCUGACGAGAUUGGGACUUUAUGGUGGCACGCUCACAUUGAAUGGUCUCGCGCCACUGUUUAUGGUGCACUAAUUGUUUUACCCAAAGAGGGAGAUGCAUAUCCCUUCCCUAAGCCAAGUGCUGAAAUUCCCAUCAUAUUAGGAGAAUGGUGGAAGAGUGAUAUAAGACAAGUUCUAAGUGAGGCCCUUCAAACUGGAUCAGACCCUAAUGCUUCUGAUGCUUUCCUUUUUAAUGGUCAACCUGGUGAUCAAUAUCCUUGUUCCACAUCAGAUACAUUCAAAGUGACAGUAGAAUAUGGCAAAACAUACCUACUUCGAAUGAUCAACAAUGUGAUGAACAACAUCAUGUUCUUCAAAAUCGCCAACCACAACCUCACUGUAGUCGGCUCAGACGCCGCCUACACGAAACCCUUCACAACCGACUACGUGGCAAUAUCCCCGGGCCAAACCAUCGACAUCUUGCUCGAAGCCAACCAACAACCUAGCCACUACUACAUGGCCUCUAGGCCCCACAACAUCGCCGGAAACUUCGCCAACACUACCACAACCGCCAUUCUCGUCUACACCGGAAACUACACCGCACCCUCCUCUCCUCUCCUCCCUACCCUCCCCAACAUCGACGAUGCCAUCUCCGCCAACACCUUCACAGCAAGCCUCCGAAGCUUAGCAACAACGGAUCACCCCAUCGACGUCCCUCAAAAGGCGGACACAGAGCUCAUGUUCACUCUCUCAGUGAACAUAUUUGAAUGUGGCCUAAACGAGUCGUGCAACGGAGCGUUGCAAGGCCGGUUUAGAGCCAGCAUCAACAAUGUAACGUUCGUGCAGCCAAAAAUCGACGUUCUUGAAGCCUACUACAAGCGGGUUAUGGGAGUGUACGAGGAGGAUUUCCCGGGAAAUCCUCCUUUCCAGUUUAACUACACGAUGGAGUUCGUACCGCGGCUGCUGUGGGUACCUCAAAAUGGGACGCGAGUGAGGGUGGUGGAGUAUAAUAGCUCGGUCGAGCUGGUUUUUCAAGGAACAAAUAUUCUUGGUGGGACAUACCACCCAAUGCAUCUCCAUGGAUACAGCUUCUACGUGGUUGGAAGAGGUAACGGAAAUUUUGAUCGGGCGACAGACCCUUCCGGGUAUAAUCUAGUCGACCCGCCUCUGCAGAACACCAUUGCUAUUCCUCGAAACGGGUGGACGGCCAUCAGGUUCAAGGCAAACAAUCCAGGAGUUUGGCUUCUGCAUUGCCAUUUGGAGCGGCAUGUGAGCUGGGGUAUGGAGAUGGCGUUCAUCGUUAAGGAGGGGACGAGCCGAGACGCGAAGAUGCUCCCUCGACCUGCAGAUAUGCCCAAAUGCUAAAGCUGAGGCAUACAUGUCAAACAAAAACACUGCAAGAUGUUAUGUUUCUUCAUUUGUAUGUAUAAGGCUUGAUAUCAGUUAGGAAACUGAAUAAAUAAAUACAGUUCUUGAA